GGACAGAGAGGACCGAGAGGACAGGGACACACACGGAACAGUUCACAGAAUGAGCUCAGAGUUGGUGCAGAGUCUGAGGAGAACAAGAGGAAAACUGUUGGACUGAAAAAAGAACCUAAUAACAUAAAAUAUCAAGAUCAAAUGAACCUGAUUGGACUAAGAGGAAAUCGUGUUUAUUGGCUGGAUUUCAAACUUCCUCUCACGCUUUGACAACACAACCAAAGAAGACUGACUAAAGCAGACCUUCCCUUCCUAAGAUGGAGUCCGUGGCUCCGUUCUCCCGCCAGCAGUGGGCCUCUCAGUCUCUCCGUGUCACCGCCAAAGAACUGUCCAUCGUCCGGGGAAAGAACAGCUCCAUCGCCGAACGCUUCAACAAGUAUCAGAUGGCAGCAGAGGGCAAUGCCGAGAAGAAGACAGCGACUGAAAAACCUCUGACUCUGAGCUCGGGGAAUCUGAGCGCUUUGAAAAAACGUUGGGAAGAACCAGAGCAGAGCCAGGACCCUGCUCAGCCCUCCACCCCGGAAAAGCCUCUCCUCCAGCGGCCGCUCCUCCAUCACUCUGCCCCUAAAGCUCCAGCGCCCAGGACCUGCGUGGAGGACACCACAGACACACUCCCACCCAGAGAGCAGAGCCAGGGAGACAUGGACCCAGCCGAGGGAGCACCCAAGGGAGCAUCAGAGCCCGUACCAGAGGAAGAGAGGCCCAGUGUCCCACUCACCAGCCUCAAGAAGAUGUUUGAGCAGGGCUCGGAGCAGACGGUCAGGAGCAGUAACAUGGACUCCCUGGUCUCAGCUGACGACAGCCUGGCAGAGUCCACUCCUCUCAAAGACAGAAUGGCGCUGUACCAGGCGGCCAUCUCCAAAGAGACCACUCCCACUUCUGGCGAGCAGGUCGACGGACUCUGUGGAAAACAAAAAGAAAAUGUGCCUCCGUUUGAUCUGGAGAUGAGCCCAGAGCCUGAAGCUUCUGUGAACAGAAAGAUCUUCACUCCAGAGAAGAAUGGUGCUGUUGCUUCUCUGAUUCAUAAAGACUCUCCUCUGGCUCGCACGCCCAGGAGCUUCAGUGCAUCUCGUGAAUCAUGUGUCUCGUGUCAGAAGACAGUUUAUCCUCUGGAGCGACUCGUGGCCAAUCAGAGCGUCUACCACAGCUCCUGCUUCCGCUGUGCGCACUGCAACAGUAAACUCAGUCUGGGGAACUAUGCGUCUCUGCACAAUAACGUCUACUGCAAACCACACUUCUGUCAGCUGUUCAAGGCAAAGGGAAACUACGACGAAGGCUUUGGGCACCGGCCCCAUAAAGAGCUGUGGGGGCCCAAGACUGAAGGAGACAGCCCAGAACAGAGCCCCCCGAACAGGCUAGACCUGCAGGAACACAGCCCCUCCUCAUCCAAGGAACCGGAGCAGGACCAGAGUCCGUGUGUGGAGGACUCGCCGCUCGCCAAAGUCACCGUCCUGACCGCCAGCAUGGAGGCCCGGGGUCAGGGGUCAUCUCCGGACAAAAACCAGGACAAACCAAGUGAGACCAGAAGACUGAAGAUCUCCUGGCCUCCUAAGAGUGACCCAGAGAAGAUCAAGACAGAGGGUCCAGAGGAGGAGGGCACUGUCCAGGCCUGCGCUAAAGCUGCCAAAACCAAAUGGCCGCCUGAGGAGGAGAGAGAAGAACAAGAGCCAACCAGUCCAGAGUCUACGGAGGAGGACAAGACCAGUCCUAGUCCGACGGAGGAGGAGCGGAGCCUAGAGCCCAGCGCACAGUCGUCCCCCAGCCACACCCCCACAGAGGACAGCUGUGUGGACAUCCACAGCAGCUCCGAGGACGACCCAGAGAGAGACCUGAGCGAGCCCACGCAGGAGCAGCGCUGUGGGGCAGAGGAGAGAGCGGACGAGGGUCUGCUGGAGGAGCCCCUGGACACCAAACAGCUCAACAACCUGUGCUCCUCUGAGGGCGAGGUGGAGGCCAGCCACUCCUCUCAGGACGUGGGAUUCUGGGACAGUGAGGAGGUGGAGGAGAAAGAGGAGCUGACGGUGGAAGACCUGAUCAAGAAAAACCGAUGCUACGAAGAGGAGGAAGAGAACGCCUGAACGAUCAAGAGGAGGAGGAGGAGGAGGAGGAGAACGGUGAACGAUGCCUAAAACAGACUUAUGAACUGAACCACUGCAAAACCACAUAUCUACAAGAACUGAAAUGACAUGAAUUCACAAUAUUGACUUUUUGUUGAAGUGAUUUUUAGAUGCAUCUGACUGGAGGAAGCACUAUUUUUAUUAUUCAAGCUUCUGCCACGAGGUUUGUGAGGGCAAAAAUUUCAAAAUAUCAAAAUUAUGUUGAUGUAAAAAAUACAAUGUUCAUACUUUUACAUCAUUUUAUAUCAGGUCAUUUUACAAAGUUUACCCAAGUAUUGAAGAAGUGUGUGUUUCAGAUCCCAGACAAAGAAAUUCACACUUGAAAUUGAAAAAAAAAAAAAAAAAAAAAACCUAUUCGUAUUUCUCUUGUGAUCUUGUUUUGUUUUUAUGAAUGAACUUUUUUGAUAUAAACUAGUCAAUAUUUAGAAUUCAAGUCAUUUAAAGUCUUGUCAUAUGUUGUGGUCUUCUUUACUGUGCCUCUUGUCUCUCAGUGGGACGUUCAAAGCCAUUCCUACACUUUUCUGCUGGAGAUCGAGAUGCUGUGACAAGCUUUUUAAAUAAAUAAUAAAAUCAUUUUGGACAAAACUGCUAAAAUCAAAACUCUUACCAAACUGGAAAUCUGUUUUUGCUCUGCUUGUUUUUUUUUUUUUUUUUUUUUUUAACAAAACACUGCACAAAAUGAAAUGAAAUGUAGAGAUUGGUGCACUUUGUAACGUUUCUGGUGGGGGUGUGCUACAUGCUUGUCUCCAUGGCGAAUUUACUUGACUUUGCUUGGAAUGUCCCGCAGUAUGGCAUUAAACAGACGUUUUCGCUUCGGUUGCGUUCUUGCUGUGAGUGGGCUUGCCUCUCCACAGAUCCAGACUGCAACUUGAACUGCUUCUCUUCAACAAGUUGAGUUAAGUUUAAUGCCUUUUUUUUUUUUUUUUUUUGGAACAUUCCGGGCAAAGCAACAGCAUCUCCAUGGAAACAGCCUCCGUAGAAAAGACAUCGUGCACCUUUAAAUCUGAAUCUUGGUUUAAGUCGUUUAGACUCUGUAAGAUUUGACUCAGAAAAAUGAUUGGACUUUUUCCAUGUUGUUUCAACACACUUCACUUCACAAUUAUUUGACCAAGAAAUUUGCACUUAAAAUAUGGUACAUUUCCUUUUCCUUUACAAAACCUUUUCUUGUUGGAUUUAUUUUUGAAUUAGUAUUUAAAUAAAUGACAUAAUCUGCUCUGUUCUUGUAGUUAAAAUGGUCUGUUUUACAAAUGUACGUCUAAACAUAACGUGAGAAGAACUGGCACUGGCAAUGAUGAGUUUCUUAUGGAGGGUCCGGCACCUGCUUGUCUCCUUGGAGAUUGUAUUGCUUUGCUCAGAAUGUUACAGAGUAUGGCAUUAAACUUUUAUCUCUUCCCGUUAUUCCGAAAGUUGCCCUGGCGCCGUCAUCAUCAUUGGGCUUGUGUUAUUUUGUACGGAGCUGCAAAUAAGUUCAAGAGCGACAAUAAAACCGUUUUAAAGCCUCCAGAGAAUCUUGCUGGUCACAUGAACAUUGAACAUUUUACACAAAUGAAACGACUUUGUCAGAUUUAAAAUGCAAAACGUUUCCCAAAUUCUCCAAUGACAUAAGUGGGAUCCCCGUUGAACCAGAAGUCCCGCCACAAAAAGAGCGCGGUUUAGGAGCAUUUAGAGACUGAAGUGGGCCAGAUGGAUAUGUUUUAGUCUCACAAGAAAAUCUGGGUAAGUGUAAAGUGUUAUUAUAGACGUCUCCAUGGAAACAAGCAGGUGACAGAACCUUCCACCUGAAAAGUUCCACAGUGCACUUGGUAAUCUUGCAGUUUAAACCUCUUCGAAUAAUUGUUUUUCGUGACUGUCAAAAACAACUUAAACCAAAAUGAAUAUUCAGAAUUUGAACUUUUCAUUUUAGUUUUUUGCAGUGAAAGUCCAGCACUUUGUCGACUUUUUAAACGUGUCUGUGUCAUAGAUGAUAUCGUAACAUUCCACAUUUUCACUUCAAUCUGUGUUACGUAAGUUUAAUUGUAUGUGUGCAAACUGGAUUUUUCACUGGGACGUGUUUUUAUCAUGGGGUCAAAUAUAAAUAAAUUGUAUAAAAAAAUUCA